GGAAAACAGCAUACUGGAGAAACACCUUCUAACUCCAAGCUUUGUGACAAAAAUAGCUGAGUUUGGUAAUUUGAAAGCACAUAAAUUAGAAGAUAUACUGGGGAAUCAAUUUGUAGCUAAACAUUUUAAAACACACCUGUAUUAAAAAUCACUUUAUACUCACUACAUUGUAUAAUUUUACAAACAAUAACAUAAUAAUUCAAGUAGAUAAGUGCUCUCCUCAUUAUGCUAGGCCUGUGUUGAGGUUUGGUAUGUCUUAUUAAGGUACCUAUAUACAAAUAUUCAAUCCAUAAAAUACAGUAAUUAUGGGAUCCUUGUACAAAACCAAAAUACCUACUAAUAAUCUGAUAAUUUGCUUAGAAUUUUUGAACUUAUUCAAAUAUUUUAAAAAGUCACAUCAAUUUCCAUUGAAGGAAAACUUCAUCUGAAAAUAUCUCUCACAAUCAACUUGCCGAUCUUGGGCAGAACUUAGGCAUCUUAUCUUGAGGCGAAACUUAACUUGCAAUACAACAUAUGUAUACCUCAGCUGAGUCUGUGUACCAAGUUUGAACAUUUUCUGCCAAUUAGUUCUUGAAGAAGAUGAGCAGGAGGCUGAACGAUGUGCAGUGAAGAGUGAACCAGAGAUGUGGUCUUCAAACUGCAGCACAUCUGGCCGAGACGAUGCAACAGAAGUGGGUGGACUGAAUGAGCAUUCAAUCUCUCCAGUGGAAAAGUGCACUGAGUCAUCUGUGACUGGCAAAAAGAUCAAGCUCUACAGCUGUGCUCACUGUAGCUUUAAGACACCAUGGUUUAGUAAUUUGAAGAGACACAUUCGAAAACACACUGGAGAAAAACCUUUCAGCUGCGGUUUUUGUGACUUCAAAAGUGCUGAUUCUGAUCAUCUGAAAUAUCAUAUCACAACACAUACUGGAGAAAAACCUUUCAGCUGCGAGUUUUGUGACUACAAAAGUGCCAGAUUAGGUCAUUUGAAAGUACAUAUUAUCAGAAUACAUACAGCAGAAAAACCUUUCAGCUGCAAGUUAUGUGACUUCAAAAGUGCUCUGUCAGGUGAUUUGAAAAGACAUAUCAGAACUCAUACAGCAGAAAAACCUUUCAGUUGCGAGUUUUGUGACUACAAAAGUGCUGGGUUAAGUUAUUUAAAAGAACAUAUCAGAACACAUACUGGAGAAAAACCUUUCAGCUGCAAGUUAUGUGACUUCAAAAGUGCUCAGUCAGGUGAUUUGAAAAGACAUAUCAGAACUCAUACAGCAGAAAAACCUUUCAGUUGCGAGUUUUGUGACUACAAAAGUGCUAGGUUAAGUAAUUUAAAAGAACAUAUCAGAACACAUACUGGAGAAAAACCUUUCAGCUGCAAGUUUUGUGACCACAAGAGUGCUGGGUUAGGUAAUUUGAAAAAACAUACUACCAGAACACAUACAGGAGAAACAACUCCUAGCUAAGCAUUUAUAAUGUUCACCUUGUCAAAAUCCAGCCCACGUUGAAGCAUCAUGUGUCAAGAUCCUGCUCCAUGGCGGGGGACACGAAAAUAUAUAAUUAUUGACUUUGAGUCAUGAGACAAUAAACAAAGAUUAUAAUCUUUCAA